UCCAAGUUCUACUUGUUUAUUUAAACAAUCUUUCUACAAUCCUAAUACAGGACUAUCAGAGACAUCUCAGGAUUACUAAUGGAGAUUCCAAUAUAUACUGUUGAUGCAUUUACUAAUUUACCAUUUAAAGGAAAUCCUGCUGCUGUUUGUUUGUUAGAAAAUGAACUGAGCGAGGAGCUUUAUCAGAAAAUAGCAGCUGAAAUGAACUUGUCCGAGACUGCAUUCCUCACAAAUCUCAAACCAACAGAAGAUUUUACUUCAGGAGCAAGGUUUGGCUUACGCUGGUUCACCCCUACACACGAGAUCAACCUUUGUGGCCAUGCUACACUAGCUUCAGCAGCAGUUCUCUUUUACAAGAAAGGAAACAUCAACUCUGUUGUGGCCUUCGAGACCCUGAGUGGAGAGCUGCUAGUGCAACAGCGAGGUGAAUCAUUAGUGAUGGACUUCCCGCUCAAUAAACCAGAACUCCAGGACAGAAGAAAAUUUAAUGACAUUCUUAAGGCUGCUGUGGGAGAUCUGCCUAUUCAUGAGGUGUGCCACUGUAAAACAACAAAGAAACUGUUAGUACGUUUGGCUGAUACAUGUGACAGGUCUGUGCUUAGUUCCCUGAGUCCAGUCGCUGAAUCUCUGCUAAAAAGUGAAGAUAGCGGAAGGGUUAAGAGUCUUAUUAUCACAGUAAAAGGAGCACCAACCUCACAACCAGGAUAUGACUUCUACUCCCGUAACUUUGCACCAUGGGUCGGAGUCCCUGAAGAUCCAGUAACUGGCUCUGCACAUACAGUUCUUGCUGCUUACUGGUCUGAGCAACUGGGAAAGAAGAAAAUGUUAGCCUACCAGUGCUCUAAUCGUGGUGGUGAGCUUGAGUUGGAAUUGAGAGGAGACAAAAGACUCGACAUCGCUGGCCGAGCAGUGGUCCUCCUUCAGGGAAUCCUUAAACUCUAAAGUGAGUGGUGAUGCGGUGCUCACUAUACAAUCAGUGGACUGAUGAUCAUUAGGAAUGAAGAACAAAUUUUGCUUAGUGUGGAUUUUUUCGAUAAUUUUUUGAAGCAACCUAAUAUGGUGUUUUGAUCAUAAUGUCUGUGGUGCUAUAACAUUUUUUUUUUUUUAAGUGGUGUAAUUCUUUAGUAAUGACAAAGCUAGAAAAGAAAUACUUAAAUAUCUUUAUUACUAGAAAAUGUCAAAACUCUCAAGACUAUUUACAUACAAAAUGAUUUGUUCAGGAUAUCUGUAAAAUCAGUUAAUAAAAAUGAAAACACAUUGUAAAAUUAGUUAAAAAUUAAAUACAGCACAAACACACAAAAAACAGUCAUUAAUGAUGAGGUAUUACAAUUUACUUGUACCAUCUUCUUAUUGUGAGAACUGUUAUUCAGAUUCAAUAAAAACGGCAGUU